AUGAUUCCAAAAGUAAAUAGAUGGAAAAUCGGGUUGAUAUCUGGUGCUGUGGUGGUUGGUGCUGGCUAUCUUAUUCUUAAGACAUUCCCCCAUAUUUUUGCAAAGGAAGAAGACGACGAUGAAAGUGAUAAUGUCGUUGUGCACAGAGAAGUAGAUGAGAAUCCUAAUAAGCCAAUCGAAUUGUUUGAAUCAGAAGAAACUUUUGAAAAGAGCUAG